AUGGCGACCCCCGGCCUUCUCUAUGUGACGAUGCACCCCCGCGAUUCGCUUCCCGCGGCCCAGUUCCACGACUGGUACAACUCCGAACACGGUCCCUUGCGUUUGCGCCUGCCAUUCGUUACCAAUGGCUUCCGUUAUCGAGCCACCGAUGGCCUGGAGCCCGAAUGGGUAGCACUCUAUGAUAUUACGGACAUGGUUGAGCUGACCCGCGAGACCUACCUGGCUCUCCGUGGGGACGGCAUCAAGACCCCGCGCGAGAAAGCCACCAUGGCCCAGAUCGCCGUCGAUCGUCGCCUAUACGACCUUCUCGAUGAUCAAAAAGUCUCCGACUACCAGCCCCUCGAAACUCAACCCGAUUCCUCUUCCGCCGGCUCCGUCCUCGUUGCCAUCUCGCUGACCGUGCCUGCCGACGCCGCCAAAGAGGGCGAACUGAACCGCUGGUACCGCGAAGAACACAUCCCAAUGCUGGCCCGCGUGCCCGGCUGGCGGCGCACUCGUCGCUUCGUCACCGCCGCCAUCGAUCCCAACGCCCCCCGAGAAUUCCUGGCCCUACACGAGUACAGCGCAACUAAUGGGCUGGGAGGACCUGAACACAAGGCCAGCAUGGAUACCCCCUGGCACCAUCGCCUCAUGAACGAGGCGGUGACCGACAAGAAACGCCGCGUAUACCAAUGGACCUACACCUUUGGCCCGGCACCUCGCGAGCUCUCGUCUCUCGCCUCCCCCGAUGUGGGCGGACCUUGGGCCUCCAACGACGGUCGCACGCGCACCUUACCGUCGACCUCCCGCCCGGCUGUCGAAUCUUUCGUCACCACCCCCGACGGCGUAGACCUUCCUUACCGUCUCGAAGGAAGUACGGACCCGCAGAGCCCGGUGAUCGUGCUUAGUAACUCGAUCCUGGUCGACUACACCAUCUGGGACGGCUUCGUCGACGCCUUCUUUGCCAACCCUAAGAACCAGUCUUUCCGCAUCCUCCGCUACCUCACGCGGGGCCGUCUCCAGGAAUGCGGCACGGCUCCCGUCAACAUCGACCUCCUCGCGUCGGACAUCAUUGCGCUCCUCGAUGCCCUGCGCAUCCCCGCCGCCACGCUCAUCGGCGUGAGUCUCGGCGGCGUGACGGUGCUCAACACCGCCCUGCUCCACCCCUCCCGCAUCACCCGAUUCAUCGCCUGCGACACCAACAGCGCCGCGCCCGAAUCCAACCGCAAAGCGUGGAAUGACCGCGCUGCGCUGGCUGAAAGCGACCGCGCCGUGUCGUCUACCACGGGGGAGCCGAUCAUCGGCGAACAGCUGGCCGAAGCCACCACGCGGCGCUGGUUCGUCUCGGAAUCAUACACCACGCAGCCCGCGGUGCCGGCCCGCGUCAAGGAAAUCGUCCGCACCAACAGCCUGCACGGCUUCCGCACCGCCAUGCAGGCGCUGUGCGCGUAUGACGUGCGCGACCGCAUGGCCGAGGCCCAGGUUCCCGGUCUCUUCGUGGCCGGAGAAGGCGACGGCGUCCUGCCGCAGACGAUGCAGCAGAUGGCCAAGGACUUGAAGGGCGACGCGGAGCUGAAGGUGAUUCCCAAGGCGGGACAUUUGCCGAUGGUCGAGCAGCCGAGUGCGUUUGCUGAGGUGGUGAAUGGGUUUUUACAUGCUUAG